UUUAAAACUGUCUGCUGUGUCGAUAUAGUCCUCGCUUGAGUGCUUGACUGCGUGUUAACGAGGGAGCGAAGAAUGGGGAAGAAAUUAUUGGUGACAGGCGCUUCCGGUUACUUAGGCGGGCGUCUCUGUCACGCUCUUCUCAAUAACGGCCACCACGUCAGGGCGUUCGUCCGCCGAACUAGCGACCUCUCGUCCCUACCUCCGCCCACAGACGCCGGAAGUAGUGGUGCCGGAGCUUUGGAAUUCGCGUUCGGAGAUGUCGCCUACUACGAGUCGCUCCUGGAAGCCUGCUCCGGUUGCCAUGUCAUCUUCCACGCUGCAGCGCUAGUUGAGCCUUGGCUUCCAGAUCCAUCUAGAUUCAUGACCGUUAAUGUUGGAGGAUUGAAAAAUGUCUUACAAGCAUGUAAAGAAUCAGGGACAGUAGAGAAAAUCAUAUAUACAUCGUCGUUUUUCGCGUUAGGAUCAACUGAUGGAAAUAUUGCAGAUGAAUCUCAAACUCAUCCUGAAAAAUUCUUCUGUACGGAGUAUGAGAAAUCAAAGGUCAUGGCUGAUAGGAUGGCAUUAGAAGCUGCAGCUGAGGGAGUGCCGAUAAUCCCUGUUUAUCCAGGAGUAGUUUACGGUCCAGGAAAGCUCACGGCUGGAAAUGUGUUUGCUCGUUUGAUAAUAGAGAGAUUUAGUUGGCGCUUACCUGGUUACAUAGGCCAAGGAAAAGAAAAGUUUUCGUUCAGUCAUGUUGAUGAUGUUGUGAAUGGGCACAUUUCAGCCAUGGAUAAAGGUCGUCUCGGUGAAAGAUAUCUUCUUACAGGUGAAAAUGCAUCCUUCAAAGAUGUUUUUGACUUGGCUGCUGAAAUCACUCUUACAAAGAAGCCUCGUUUUGGUAUCCCAUUAGCGACUAUUGAAGUUUAUGCUUGGAUAUCAGUUUUUUUCUUCAGAAUAACUGGGAAGCUUCCUCUAAUCAGCCCACCAACAGUCCAGGUUCUGAGACAUCAGUGGGCUUAUUCCUGUGAGAAGGCCAAGGCAGAGUUGGAUUACAACCCCAGAAGCUUAAAAGAAGGUUUGACUGAGGUACUCCUUUGGUUGAAGAACUCCGGAUUGAUUCAGUACCCAGGGGCGGAGCCAGAGGCAGAGCCAGGGGCGGACCCAGGGGCAGAGCCAGAUGAUGAGGGGGACCAAGUACCAUUAUUAAAGAGUGAAUAAUUAAAUAUAUUAAUAUUCAUUUAACAUAUUUCAAAAUACAUUAUUACAUUACAAAUCUACUAAAACCCAGUAGCUGAUUAAUAUUUUCUUUUUAA